AUGGCUUUCAUGGCCUCACCUCUGCUUUCCCUUCAUUCAAAAGCCUCCUCUGCCUCAUCUAGCAUCUCAGCUUCACCAGCAUUCUUGAUCACCAAUCUUCCUCCAUCUUCUUUGCAAGGAUUGCCUCCAGAAAUAGCUCCACUUUUGCCAUCUCCUGGUCCUGUGGUUCCUGCUACUCCAACUGAUUCAUCUAUCCCCACCAUUCCCUCCAACCCUAGCCCUCCGAAUCCGGACGACUUGGUUUCUCCUGGCCCCUACUCUUCACUCUCACCAUUUGGGUCAUUGCCAGCGUCCUCAGCAGCAUCUAUAAGCUUAAUUUGGCCUUUAAAGCUGGCUGCUUUUGCAGGUUCAGCUGCAUAUGUAGUCUAUGCAGCUUAUUAG